AUGCCAUCUCUUGCCUUGAAUAAGGAAAGAAGAAAUUGGACACUUACUGAAGAAGAUGCUCUAAUUGCAAUUGUGAAAACAAUAGCUGCAGAUUGGCGCCAAGAGAAUGCAUUCCGAACAGGCUAUCUAGAAGCUAUUGAGAAACAAUUGAAAGUUUGGUUUCCUGGAACUGAUUUGAAUACGACUAAUGUGCAGUCUAAGUUGACAAUAUGGAAGAGGCAUUACUAUCUCGUGAAGAACAUGAUCAACACUAGUGGAUUUGGUUGGAAUGACUCUAGCAACAUGAUUACAGUUGAGAAUGACGUAUGGAAGCAAUAUGCUAAGGCACAUCCACAAGCUAAAUCAAUGCGAUUCAAGUCAUACCGAUUUUACCAAGAGUGGGUCGAGAUCUUUGGAAAGGAUACCGCAGGAGGAAAAAGUUCGCAGGGCACAAUAGACCUUGCUAAAGUUGCAAAGAAACAACAUGCCUCGGUAGAUCUUGCUAAAGUGGCAAUCCAAGAGCCAUAUCUACCUUACUUUGAUGCAAGUGAUUUCCCUCCCAGCUUCAAUGCAAACACUCAAGAUGACUCUUUCUCCAAUAAUAAUGAAAACAUCAGCCAUGAGUUCCCCCACAGCUAUGUACCUUUGGAGGAGGAGGUCGCAGAUACACCUUCUCCCGGUGAAAGCAACUCAAUCAAUUCUACCAAAAGGGAUGGUGAGAAGAAAACUAAGUCCACUAGAAAGCGUAGUCAGCUUGAAUCUGCAACCUCUAAGGGCAUGAAUAACCCUGGCCCGGAUUUGGGCCGCAAGUCCCCUCCACGUCAUCAUUCCCUCAAAUUAGGGGUUCCAGGCCACAACUCCAUUAACACCGCAGGCCACAACUCGGGCCACAACUCAGGCUACAACUAUUCAUUUCACAACAUAUUUUAA